AUGUCCAUCAUCCGCGAGCACACCCAAGCCACGCUGUCCGACGCCUGGCGCACGAUCGACAUCGACGCGCUCGACCCGGACUCGCCCGCCAACUUCGACACCGCGACCCUGCACACCGCGCUACCCGACAUAUCCGAAGCCGACGUCCGCCAGCUAACCGCACAGGUGCGCCAGCUGCUGCGCGGCGGCGACGCUGAGGGUGCCCUGCGUGGGUGUCUCGAGACGCCGGUGUACGCGACGAACACGGGGACGCCCGCGGCUGUGGCGGCGGCAGCGGAGAAUGGGAGUGGGAAUGAGUUGGCCCGGGAGGCGGCGCUGCAGACUGUGGUCGAGGUGUUGCAGAGUAUUAAGGCGAGCGAGAUGACGCCGAUGUUGCAGCGGAUUUAUGGGAGUCCGGGUGGGAGUGAGUGCUUGGAUGUGUUGAUGAAGUAUCUAUACAAAGGUAUGGCCGCAACAUCCGCCUCGGCCGGCGGUAGCGGCCCACGCACGCCCACACGCAUGACCCCGCAGCCAACCGGCUUCAGCCAGAUCGGCCCCCGCCCGGGCGCUGCCACCGAGUCGACGGGUGCCGCGAUGAGUGUACUGCUCAGCUGGCACGAGAAGGUGGUGGAGGUCGCGGGGCUUGGGUGCAUUGGUCGGGUCAUGACUGACUGGAGGAGGGUGUAG